UUAAAUGUGUUUUUAUUUGAGUUUGUGUCAGUGAGCCCAUAGUUCAUCAAGAUGCGUGUUAUUAUUCUGUUAGCCCUUGUGGGUGCCGCCCUGGCACGCAGCGCCAUCCCCGGCGCUCUGCCGAGGCAGCAUGAGCGCAUCGUGGGCGGAAGCCCCACCACCGUGGAGACCUACCCCUACAUCUCCAACAUGCAGUACCUGGUGUGGGGCGUCUUCUGGUCCACGUCCUGCGGUGGCUCCCUCAUCACCACCAGAACCAUCCUCUCCGCUGCUCACUGCUACUCCGGUGACUCUCCUUCCUCCUGGCGUGUGCGCCUGGGCUCCACCUUCUCGUCGUCAGGUGGUACCAUCCACAACGUGAACUCCUUCACGAUCCACGAGAGCUACAACCGGCCCGGGUCUCUGGAAAAUGACGUCGCUAUCGUCCACCUGGCUACUCCAGCUACGAUCUCUGCCUCAGUGCAGCUGGCUCGCAUCGCCGGACCCAACUACAUUGUCCCUGCUGGAACUGUCACCACCACUCUUGGAUGGGGCACCCUCUCGUCUGGCGGCAGCGCUCCGGAGCAGCUUCAGCACGUGGAUGUCAACAUCAUCAACCACCAGCUCUGCGCUGAGCGUUACGCAUUCCUGAAGACACAGCCCGGUUUCCAGAACUGGCCCGAUUUGACUGCCUCCAUGCUGUGCGCUGGUAUUCUCGACGUCGGUGGCAAGGACGCUUGCCAGGGCGACUCUGGUGGCCCCCUCGCCCACCAGGGUGAUAUCCUCGUCGGAGUUGUCUCCUGGGGCUACAGAUGCGCCGAUGCCUUCUACCCUGGCGUCUACGCUGAUGUCGCGUACCUGUCCAACUGGAUCGUCGAGAAUGGCUCCAUAUAAAUGUAAUACAACUGUGAAUAAUACGUUUAGAUUUUAAGAAUAAAUUGUUAUGAGUAUA